GACAGGCUUGCAUAUGGCUAACUCGAUGGAAGCUCACAGGACGCUGAGGGAAAAACCACAAGUCUUUUCUCAGGACUAAAAAGCAUUAGCAAGCCCAGACGUGCGAUGAUAUAAUCACCAAAAGAGGAAGACGACAACAUAGCCAAGGUUGGCACAACGAUGUGCGGGACCGAGAUUGCAAUGAGACGACGUGUUCUGCUUUUGUUGAGCUAGUGGCAAUUACAUUCUGAGAAGGGAUCUUCAUCUUAGCUCCAGUUUGAAAAUUGUGCUGAAGAAAGACAACAAAAAGGGGAAAUUGCCAUGGCUGGAACGACAGGAAUCUCCUGGACUGAAAAUGACACCGAGAUUAACAACCUUUACCGAGACCUGGAGCUGGGCACCGUUUUGACCCUGUUUUAUUCAAAGAAGUCCCAGCGGCCAGAGAGAAGAACAUUUCAAGUCAAACUCGAGACUAGGCAAAUUAUAUGGACCAGAGGCACGGAUAAAAUAGAAGGAGAAAUCGACAUCCGGGAGAUUAAGGAGAUCCGGUCGGGGCAGAAGUCGCGGGACAUUGAGCGCUAUGUGGAGGACUCCGCUGCCCGGCCUGACCAGGCGCACUGCUUCGUCAUCCUGUACGGCCCCGAGUUCCGGCUCAAGGCCCUCAGCCUGGCAGCCACAUCGGAUGAGGAGAUGUCCAUGUGGGAGAAGGGUCUGACCUCCCUGGUAACAGACACACUCCAGUCCUCUACCCCGCUGCAGGUCGAGAGGUGGUUACGGAAGCAAUUCUAUGCAGUUGAUCGCAACAGAGAAGACAAGAUUUCCUGCAAGGAUCUGAAAAGCAUGCUGGGUCAGGUCAACUACAGAGUCCCCAACAUGAAAUUCCUGCGCGAGAAGUUUCCGGAUGUGGAGCUGAGGAACGGGGACGUUACCUACAGCCAGUUUGCCCAGCUGUAUCGCAGCCUGAUGUUCGACGCCCAGAAGUCUAUGGAAAUUCCUUUCCUACAGAGGUUCACAGAGAGACCUGACCAAGCCAGAGUCACACUGGAGGACUUCCAGAGCUUUCUAAUGGAGUAUCAGAAGGAGCUGUGGGCCACAGACAAUAACCAGGUGCAGGAGUACAUGUUUAAGUACCUGAAGGAUCCACUGAGGGAGAUCGAGCAGCCUUUCUUCUACCCAGAGGAGUUCCUUACCUACUUGUUCUCCAAAGAAAACACCAUCUGGGACUGGAAGCUGGACCAGGUGUGCCCUGAGGACAUGAACAAUCCUUUGUCGCACUAUUGGAUUUCCUCCUCCCACAACACCUACCUGACAGGUGACCAGUUUUCCAGCGAGUCUUCUCUGGAGGCGUACUCUCGCUGUCUGAGGAUGGGUUGCCGCUGCAUAGAAUUGGACUGCUGGGAUGGGCCUGACGGAAUGCCAGUGAUUUAUCACGGACACACCCUCACCACCAAGAUAAAGUUCUACGACGUCCUGACUACCAUAAAGGAACACGCCUUCAUAACAUCCGAGUAUCCUGUCAUCCUCUCCAUUGAGGACCACUGUAGUAUUGUCCAGCAGCGGAACAUGGCAACCUUCUUUAAGAAGGUGUUUGGAGACAUGCUGCUAACCAAGGCUGUGGACAUUUCAGCUGAUGGGCUCCCCUCUCCCAAUCAGCUGAAGAAGAAGAUCCUCAUCAAGCACAAGAAGCUGGCAGAGGGAAGUGCAUAUGAAGAAGUCUCCACCUCUACACCAUAUUCAGAGAAUGACAUAAGCAACUCAAUCAAGAAUGGCAUUCUCUACCUGGAGGACCCCAUUAACCAUGAGUGGUAUCCUCACUUCUUCGUCUUGACGAGCAGCAAGAUCUACUACUCUGAGGAGACGUCAAACAAUCAAGGGAACGAUGACGAAGAGGAGCAUAGAGAGGUGUCCAAUGGCAUGGACCAGCACGUGACAGAGAAGUGGUUUCACGGGAAGCUGGGUGCGGGCCGGGAUGGGAGGCAGAUCGCCGAGCGGCUGCUGACUGAAUACUGCCUGGAGACUGGCGCUCCCGAUGGAUCCUUCCUGGUGCGGGAGAGCGAGACCUUCGUGGGAGACUACACCCUGUCCUUCUGGCGCUCCGGAAGGGUCCAGCACUGCCGCAUCCAUUCCCGCCAGGAGGCCGGCAGCCCCAAGUUCUACCUGACGGACAACCUGGUGUUUGACACGCUGUUCGCCCUCAUCACGCACUACCAGCAAGUGGCUCUGCGCUGCAAUGAGUUUGAGAUGAAGCUCACAGAACCUGUCCCCCAGACAAAUGCCCACGAGAGCAAGGAGUGGUAUCAUGCAAACCUGACGAGGAGCCAGGCAGAGAACAUGCUAAUGAGGGUUCCUCGAGACGGGGCCUUCCUUGUGAGGAAGAGGACGGAGCCCAACUCCUUUGCCAUCUCCUUUAGAGCAGAGGGCAAGAUCAAGCACUGCCGUGUUCAGCAGGAGGGUCAGACAGUGGUUUUGGGGACCUCUGAGUUUGACAGCCUGGUGGACCUCAUCAGCUACUAUGAGAAGCACCCCUUGUACAGGAAAAUGAAGCUGCGCUACCCCAUCAAUGAGGAGACCCUGGAGAAAAUCGGCACGGCGGAACCAGACUAUGGGUCUUUGUACGAGGGACGCAAUCCUGGAUUCUAUGUAGAGGCCAAUCAAAUGCCCACAUUUAAGUGCACUGUGAAAGCCCUGUAUGAGUACAAGGCUCAGCGUGAUGAUGAGCUCUCCUUCAGCAAGAACGCUCUCAUCCAGAACGUGGAAAAACAGGAAGGGGGCUGGUGGAAGGGAGACUGUGGCGGGAAGAAGCAGCUCUGGUUUCCAGCCAACUAUGUGGAGGAGAUCAGCCCCACCGUUGUGGAACCGGACAGAUCUCCACUGACAGAGAACAGCCCUCUGGGAGAUCUCCUCAGAGGAAGUGUGGACGUGUCUUCCUGUCAGAUCGUGGUGAGGCAGGAUGGGAAGGGCAGCCGGCCCCACGUCUUCUCCCUGUACACUGCGGCCUCUCCUCGAGCCCCCCAGGUCCUGGACAUUGCCGCAAACACGCAGGAGGAGCUCAAGGUCUGGGUGCUGAAGAUCCGAGAGGUCACCAUGACCUCGGAAGCCAAGCUGGAAGAGGGGAAGAUGAUGGAGAGGAGGAAGAAGAUCGCCCUGGAACUGUCUGAUCUGGUCAUCUAUUGCCGGCCUGUGCCUUUUGAUGAGGACAAGAUUGGGACGGAGCGUGCCUGCUACCGGGACAUGUCCUCCUUCCCCGAAACCAAAGCGGAGAAGUACGUCAACAAGAUCAAGGGCAAGAAGUUCCUGCAGUACAACCGCCUGCAGCUGUCCCGGAUCUACCCCAAAGGCCAGCGGCUCGACUCCUCCAACUACGACCCCCUGCCCAUGUGGCUGUGCGGCAGCCAGCUGGUGGCACUCAACUUCCAGACUGCAGAUAAGCCCAUGCAGAUGAACCAGGCUCUGUUCAUGCUGAAUGGCCGGAGCGGAUAUGUGCUGCAACCUGCCAUCAUGAGAGAUGAGAACUUUGACCCCUUUGACCGACACUCUCUACGGGGCCUGGAGCCCAUCACCCUGCAGAUAGAGGUGCUGGGGGCUCGCCACCUGCCCAAACACGGGCGUGGCAUCGUGUGCCCGCUGAUCGAGGUGGAGGUGUGUGGGGCGGAGUAUGACAAUGCCAAGCAGAAGACAGACUCUGAAGCUGACAACGGUCUGAACCCCAUAUGGCCAAGGAAGCCCUUCCUCUUCACUGUCUGCAACUCGGAGUUUGCCUUCCUGCGAUUUGUAGUGUAUGAGAUUGACAUGUUCAACGAUCAGAACUUCCUGGCCCAGGCCACCUUCCCUGUCGCCGGCCUCAAGACAGGCUACAGGUCUGUCCCAUUGAAGAACAGCUACAAUGAGGACCUGGAGCUGGCUUCCCUACUGGUGCACAUGGACAUCCUCAGUGGCAGGCUGGAGAACGGGGAGGUGCUGAGUCCUCCUCUGGCUGCGUCUGUGGCGGCCCACGUGGGCAGGGACAGGCUGGGGGACACAGGCUCCACCUCCUCCACCGGCUCGGUCUCCUCCCUCCCCGCUUCCCCGGCCCAGGCCAUGGGCUACCGUGGGCGCGAGGGUUCCUUCGAAGCACGUUACCAGUCGCCCCUGGAUGACUUCCGGGUCUCCCAGGAGACGCUCCUGGACUCGGUCGAUCCUCAGAACAGAAGGUUAAUUCGCAGGACCAGAGUUGGCGGUGAGAACCGGGUGUAGACCGAACAAGGCCCAAAUCGAGGUCCUCUUGUAGUGAUGAUGUCACUGACUGCUGUGAAAGCUGUUUCUAUGGAAACGUCACCGCUUUGGCCUACAUUUCAGGCAGCUCUUCCUCUACUCUCUCCUUGGCCUCCCCAGAAAACUGCGCUAGAGGGAGUGUGGGUGGGGGAAAGCCAUCGGUCACGGAAACUUUAAAAAAAGAAGUACAGCCUUUCAUCUGAGUUGUUGUGAGCGAGCACUGUGCCACAGACACAACCACAGCAGGAUUCUUCAGGUUGUUUUGGCAUCAGUUUGACACGGAUUCCAGGUUAUUUUUUCCCUUUUUCCAGCUCAUAUAUACAUAUAUAUAUAUAUAUAUAUAUAUAAUAAAUAUAUAAAUAUAUUUAUUCCAGCUUGCUGUCUGCCAUUGAACGGCAACAGCAACAGCUGACCUGCUCUCAAAGAGCUUGUUUUUCAUGUUUUUUAUUUAAACUUCAAUUUAAACUUUCACAAUGUGAUUUUUAUUUUUAAUUUACAUGCGGGCAUUUUGAGAUGAGCAUUCAGUCUGAGCCAACGCUGACCACUGACAGAGUCAGGCUGCAAUAUAACAAUCGUGACAAGACAUGGGGAAGAAAGCUCUGUCUGUCUUUAAGCAGCAACCAUUGGAACAAGCAGGCACAUCAUCUCACAUUGUUUUUAAUUCUUCAACGAGUCAGAUGCAUGGUUGACUGACCGGUUACUGUACUCUUGCACGCCUGGUAGAUGCCCAGGGUGAUUUGAAAGGUAAAGUAGAGGAAAAAAAACAAUAAGGCAUACAGUUCCAGUUGUAAAUGAUCCAUUUACAAGAUACUGCAUUUGGUUAAUCAAAUCAGUUCAUAUUAAAGGCUGUUGAACUGCUCAACAAAGACGGAAGAAUAUAGAAUAGAAAAAACAGGAGACUUGCGUAAAUACCGUAUUAGUUUAAAGAGAUGUGAACUGAGAAUUGCGUGUUUGUACAUGCAAACUACCUUGUCUCGUACUUUAACGUUAUUCACUUUGUGGACAAUAUUGACUGAUUUUACUGAAAGAGCCCAGAUUUCAGACUGCGAGCACGCUAUAGGCCAAGCGCUGGUGUUGUGGGCAUUUGAACAGCGCUACAUUGAGUCAAAGAGCCUGCUCUUUUUCAGUUUCUACAUUUUGAACAUAAUCAACAGUUCUCAAUCAUAGUGCAGUGCUUCAUGCGUUUAAUUUCCAAGACUAACUGCUGUGUGUGUGUGUGUGUGCGUGUGUACCUUUCUGCCCUUUGUCAUGCUGUCCCUUUUUCUCUUGAGGAGAACUGGAUCAUGAUAAAAAUGCAAAUAUGUCCUUGUUGUCCAACCUUCUACAAUCUUCUAUGUACGUUACCCCAGUGAUAGCCAAAGCCAUUUUAUUACCACUUGAUUUUUGACUUUGGAAUAUGAAGUCUAUGCUUGAGGGGGAAUAUUUUUUUAGCUGUUCAGAAAAAAGAUUGUGAAGGGACACAAUUUUAGCUGUGACAUUGUGUUCCACAUGUUGCUCGUAGGUGCCUUGGAGUAUGCCUUUUUAUUUUGUUUUUAACAUUUAGCUUGUUGAGGGCUUUUUAUUUUUGACAAUAUGCGACUGUUUUAAGACUGACACCCUAGUCAUUCUAUGCAGUUUGUGCAGAAUGAUUUGGCUGUCUUCAGUCACACACAGUAUGCUAAAAAUGAGUACCAAGCUGAGCAAAGUGUUUUAUUGAGCUAUAAGUAAAGGCAAUUUGUUCCGAAAGGGAUGGUUCACGUUGUACAGUAAAAUAUAUAUUCCGGCUUUAUUGUAUGUUUUCAUUUAAGCCAGACUGUUCUCAAGUGUUAUGAAGAAUAUUUUAGAUACAGAAUUUUCAGAUUACCUGCAGGCUUUACAUGGGGUUACAGAUUUGUGGUUUAGAGUAAAAUACACUUAAAGUAACUCCAAAGAACAGGAACAGUAUGCCUCCAGAGGUUGUACCAAGGUAAUUACCUAAUUCAAUGGAAUAAGCAACCUGAGACUGCUACAUUCAAGCAAAGAAAACAAAAUGGAUAAUCUUGCUUGGAAUUGCGAAUAAAUGCAAUAUAAUUGUGUUGCUGUGAAUUUGAUCUCACUGUACAAGCUGAUUUGGAUUUACAUGUAGUGACUUUAUAAAAUUUAAACCACGGCACCUGUAAAUGUCCCAAUACCAACCAUUGUAAAGCGGAAAGGCUGCAGGAACUUCUGCUAAUAUGUAAAAUGUCCUUCAGCCCACAAAACUAUCCAGGCUCAUGAAAAGCAAACUAAAACUGAAAUAUUUUUUUAAACUCUAGAAAGCAAGCUAUUCCUUUAAUAUUGCAAAUAGGAUUAUUUAAUAAAAGGGACCACCAUCAAUCUUUGCAUUUGUCCCUGUAUCUGUGGCAAAGUGUGCAUUUAAAAAAAAAAUGUUAUGCAAUGAUAUACUUGAUGGCAGUGGAUGAUUUGUGUUCACAUUUCAUAUGCUGCACAAGGAAAGCCACCCUGGGGUGGGGUUCAAGUUGCAGUAUAUUGCAGUAACAACCUUCUGCCAGCAGAUGUCACCAUAUCAUGCAUGUAGCCCCUGGAAUUUGCAUCAAGAUCAGCCAUUCUGUAAAGGAACAGUGUUUGCUCUUAUGCUGACUUAUUGUGUUUUAAAAAAUAAUUUUUCAUUAAUCUGUCAGUGGAGUGUCACGUCUUAUGCAGCAACCUGAAAUCUGCAUUCCCCAUCUCCACAGUGUGGAAUGGAAUGGGAUUGUUGUUUCAAGACUCUUAUUGUAUUUUAAGUGUUUGAUUUUACUAGUGAGAGACCCAGAAGAAACAUUCUGCCAGAGGAACAAUCAAUCUGUGGAGAUUACUGCUCUCGUACUAAAGACGAGAAGAAAUGUUGGGGGUGUGGAGAAGGCAAAAUGUUUGAAAGUCAGCCAUACAGCUUUAAACAUUUGUAUAGUAAUAUGUAAACUGGGUAGCUGAGCUGCACUGGACUAGUAACUACAAAUAAAAAUGUGUCAGCUAUUACAACUGAAUUUCCAUGAAAGCCAUAUGGUUUCGGUUUAGUGAAAACCAGUUUGUGGGCUGUUAAAAUCCCCCUCUUUGGGGGAAUAAAAAAAAAAAAAAAAAAAGAUAUCUUUUUGCCAUCCCAUCAUGCCAGUUUUGAUUUUACAGCAAAUAAAAACCCAGAUUGUUUUGCUUUACUUGGUCCAUUGACCUGCGUAGAGUGGACUGAAUAAUGAAAACUACACUCAGACUGGGAUACAUGAGAAACCCACAGGCUUGUUACACUAUGUUCAGAAGACGCCUUAUGUAUUUGACCCUCUUUCAGACUUCCUACCGCUGUCCAAACAUUCCAUUCUGUGUGCGGGCAGCGGGGAGGCGGACCCACCUCCCCAUGCCAGCCCUGGCUUCCUGUCAUGCACUCCUUUGGUUGAAUACAUGUCUGUCUGUGAUGUAGGAGUUAGUGCAUGUGAACGGAAACAGGCUUUUCCCCAACUCUGCCGUCGCUGACCUGUCUAUCUUUCUUGUGCCUCUGUACAUACGACUGAGAUUUCCUGUUCAAAUGUUUUUUGUUUUUUUUUUGGUUACUGACAUUCUAUUUACAAACAAAGCCUUUCUGUAAUGUGCCUAAGCUAUGGGGGGGAAAAUGUUACAAGUAUAAAUUUUAAUUUUCCCUUUCAUAUGAUACAUAUUCAAGCCUGAAAAUUAAAGUACUUAUUCAACAAUU